UCUCCCUGCCCAGGAAGGAUGUGUUCGUGGGCAGGAUCCUGGCCCUAGUACCAGCCCCACAAAAACACCAGUGGAGGACCUGGGAAUGGGCCCUAGGCCAGGGGAGAAAUACAGUGCAUACAGAGAGCACAGUGUGGGCCAUAUCAACUGCUUGAACAAGGAGGAGGAAAAGCUAAGUGGGCUGAGACUGGAGUUGAAGAAAUUCAGGGCUUCGUAUGACCGGGUCUGGUCCUCCAAGCGCCAAACCAUGAAGCCUCAGUUGAAGAUCUUGGAACAGCGUGUCAGCAAGCAGGUCAAGAUGGUUGCUGCACUGAAAGCGGCCAGUGGAAUCCUGCGGGAAAGAUAUAUUAAUGGAGACAGGUUUAGAUCUGCAAGGAGCAAGCUUGUGGCAGAGGCCCAUGGUCAUGCUGAGGAGGAGUCAUCUCUGGAGGAGUUUUCUGAUGCACCAGCAGGUGAGGGAGCCUGCUGGGUAGAGGCUGAUCCAGCCAGCCCCCCCAUGCAUGCUGCGGAAGUAUCACCUGCCGUAAAGGUUGUGGGGUUCGGCUCUAUUCCCCCCCAGCAGCAGCCCCUGGACUGGGGGUCUUAAGUGGAGGCAGCUGAGAGAGCUGGAACUAUGCAUUUUAUUAAAGAAAUGGAGUCCCCUUUAUAUGUAAAGCAGUUUUUCUUUUACAGCCGAGGAAUUGGAGGAUGAGGAUGACAGGUGUAAGAAGCCAGCUAAGCCCAGAGAGAAAGAAAGAGCGGUGUUUGUCAGCUUGGAAAGGAUUCCCAGCAAAUUGGUGAAGUCUGCAGCAGCAGGAGUGAGAGUGUCAGAGGUGUUGGGAGUGAACCCAUCCAGCAGUGAAGUGGUGGCUGAAUCCAGUGAUCUAAGUGUUGGAGAUGCUAAGGAGAGCUGGGUUUCCCUGCCCAGGGAUGUCAGCAUGCAGUCUGGAGGUGUGAAGGAGAGCAGGGGUGUGCCUGCAAGUCAGGGUCCUCAGGGCAUGGAGGAAGACAAGGUGUUGCCACCCAGAGGCGGGGGUGUGUCUGCAGCUCAGAUUCCCUGUGGCUUAGAAGAUCAUGGAGUGUCCCCGCCCACUGGGAG